AUACCUGAAAUAGUGACUUAAAUUAAUUAUAAACAUUAAACAUGACUAUUUCUAAGUCCACGCUCCGUGGUUCCAACCGGAUCAAGGAAAAUGAUAAAAGACGUAUUGUGGAUGAAACAUCACGUAAACGACGACAUCGGAAAGUUAUGGAACUGCUAGAAUCUGACAAUUACCAUGAUGACCCUCAUGCAGACCUAGUUAUGAGUAAAAAAGUUCCGAAAUUUGAGGAUAGUCUAGAGCAAAGAAGUACAAGAACAAAACGAAAAGAGCGUACCACUGAUUACUAUCAAUUCAAAUUUCGUAAAAACUUCCAACAACUUGUAGAUGAAGAUCGAGCAGAAGCAGAGGCUAACAAAAGAGUCUCCUAUAUGGACAUACAAUGUGAGGAAUCACCCUUACCCCCUCGUCAUUUUUGUGCAGUGUGUGGUUUUCUAGGGCAAUACUCUUGUUUAUCUUGUGGGACUAGAUAUUGCAGCAUUAGGUGUAUGGAUACCCAUAUGGACACUAGAUGUUUGAAGUGGGCUGCAUAAAUAUCAGUUUUAUAUAAAACAUUCAAUUAUUAUCUUUUAGAUUUUGUAGCUGAAUGCCAAUUGUUAUAUUUUACUUUUUUUGAAACCUUUAUUCACCAUAUCUUUGGAACUGAUUUUUUACAUGUUUUGUUGAACAUUUGUAAAAUUAACCAAACAUUUAGUGUAGAAUGUCAUUGGUGAAAUAUUACAUAUUUGCUUCAAAGAAA